UCUCUGUGAGUGAGCAAGAGAGAGAGAGAGAGAGAGAGAGAGAGAGAGAGAGAGCGAAUUUGAGUGGUUUUAGCUGAAGCUAGUAGUAGCUCAGUCGUUUUGGCGGUGGGCGUGCCACUACUGGUUGUGGUUGUGGUCGUGUCUUUGAUUGAUGGGUUGUGCGGCGUCCAAGAUCGACAACGAGGACGUGGUGCGGCGCUGCAAGGAGCGCCGCCGCCUUAUGAAGGAGGCCGUCUACGCCCGCCACCACCUCGCCGGCGCCCAUGCCGACUACUGCCGCUCCCUCCGCCUCACCGGCUCCGCCCUCUCCGCCUUCGCCGACAAUGAGCCCCUCGCCGUCUCCGACCAGACCCCCGCCGUGUUCGUCCGCCCCCAACGCCGCCGCUCCCCAUCCUCCGUCUCUGGCUACUCCUCCUACUCCGCCCCCGCCCCCGCCCCCGCCCAACCGUCACUCCGCCGCGCCCCGUCCGCCUCCCCCUCAGUCCCCGAGUCGCAUCCCCCACCGCCUCCUCCGCCGCUGUCCCCAACCAUCGCCAGCUCUAAGCUCCCUCACAUCCUCUCCGCCUCCAGCGUCUCUUCCAACUCCGCCUCUAAUCGGAAUCCUCCCCCGCGCGUCGGCGAGUCGCACCACGACCACCGGCGGCGCAACAGCAAGCCCAUGAAGCUCCCUCACAUCCUCUCUGAGUCGAGCCCUAAUUCCUCCCCGCGAAGCCUCAAAUCCGACUUCACCGCCGGCUUUUAUCCGACCGCCUAUCCCAACUCGACCUACACGAGCACGCCGUCGCAGGCCUCCUCCGUCUGGAACUGGGAGAAUUUCUACCCCCCUUCUCCUCCCAACUCCGAGUUCUUUGAUCAACGCGGUCGGACCAAUAAUCAGCGAGGGCCCCAGCUCGAAAACGAUGAAGAAGGGGACGAAGACGCGUCGGCCUCGGAGUACGAUUUCUUCCGCCGCGACGGCCCGAGCAAAAUUCGGGACGACGAAGCGCGCACUAAAUCCUACGAUUUCAAGCGAGCCGCGGCCAGCACUGACGGUGGCGGUGAGACCGAAAGGGAGGAGGUGCAGUGCAGCGACUGGGGCGACCACUAUAGCACCACGAGCUCGUCCGAAGACGAGGAGGAGGGUGACGACGACGGAGCGUCCAGAUCGGAGAUCGGGACGCGGUCAAACUUCGGAGGAUCGGUGCGGAACGGCCCCGUUGACGCGGAACCCAUGAAGCCUCCGCAGCCUGCGUCGAGUUUCGGCAAAUCUGACGAGAAGUCGGAAGAUAUGAGCUACGGCGACCACGAGAUGGUGGAAGAGGAGAAUAAAAUGGUGGUGAGGCACAAGGAUUUGAAGGAGAUCGUGGACGCGAUCAAGGAGAAUUUCAAUCUGGCAGCUUCCGCCGGCGAUCAGGUGUCGGAGAUGCUCGAAAUCGGGCGUGCCCAGCUCGAUCGCAGCUUCAAGCAGCUCAAAAAGACUGUGUAUCACUCAACGAGCGUGUUGAGCACGUUGAGCUCGAGCUGGACAUCGAAACCGCCCUUGGCAGUGAAGUACCGGCUUGAUGCCGGUUCGCUCACUGAACCGGACGGCCUGAAGAGCCUCUGCUCCACUCUGGACCGGCUCUUGGCUUGGGAGAAGAAGCUCUACGAGGAAGUGAAGGCUAGGGAAGGUGUGAAGAUAGAGCAUGAAAAGAAGUUGUCAGCUCUUCAGAGCCAGGAAAGCAAGGGAGAAGAUGAAACCAAGUUAGACAAGACUAAAGCCUCGAUAAAGAGGUUGCAGUCGCUAAUAAUUGUUACGUCUCAGGCUGUCUCUACGACUUCAAAUGCAAUCAUUGGCCUUAGAGACAGUGAUCUUGUCCCCCAGCUUAUUGACCUCUGCCAUGGGUUUAUGUACAUGUGGAGGUCAAUGAAUGAAUACCAUGAGAUUCAGAACAACAUUGUGCAGCAAGUCAAGGGCCUUGUGAACCGAGCAAACAAGGGCGAGUCUACUUCUGAAUUGCAUCGGCAGGCGACACGUGACCUCGAAUCGGCUGUUUCUGCAUGGCAUUCCAGUUUCUGCCGCUUAAUUAAGUUCCAACGUGAUUUUAUCCAUUCCCUCCACAGCUGGUUCAAGCUGACUCUCCUUCCUGUUGACAAUGAUAACAAUGGGACCCGGGAACAUUCUGAUGUCUAUGCCUUCUGCGAUGAGUGGAAGCUUGCGCUAGAUCGUGUCCCAGACACUGUUGCUUCUGAAGCUAUCAAAAGCUUCACUAACGUUGUUAACGUGAUCUCUGUAAAACAGAGAGAAGAAAUGAAGGUGAAAAAGAGGAUGGAGGCUGCAUCAAGGGAUCUGGAGAGAAAGGCUUCAUCUCUUCGGAGCAUAGAGAGGAAAUACUACCAUUCGUACUCUAUGGUUGGUAUAGGGCUACCCGGUCCCGGGCCCGACAAUGGCCAGGUACUGGAUGCGCGGGACCCACUGACCGAGAAGAAAGUUGAACUUGCAACCUGCCAAAGGAGGGUAGAAGAUGAAAUGCUGAGACAUUCCAAGGCAGUGGAGGUGACAAGGGCAAUGACCAUGAACAAUCUUCAAACGGGUUUGCCAGGAGUUUUCCAGGCAUUGACUAGUUUUUCAUCCUUGUUCACGGACGCGCUUGAGGCGGUAUGCACUUGUUCUUAUGCCAUCAAUUAGGCAUAUGUAUACACAUUCUUUGGGUCUGGGAUUUUUGUUAAGGUGGGAAGGAUGAGAGCUGGGUAAUUUUGGCAGCAGGCUCUCACUAUUUAUAUUGAGUUGUGUUGCUUCUUUGGAGGGAACUCGUUUGGUUGUAAAUAUUGAAUUUUGCGACGGCGUCAUUAUUUUUAUGGAUGGGUGGUGGACUGCUGGGCGAUGUCCCUGUACAGGAAGUUGCUUGGUCUGUUGUUGUCCUGGAGCUUUGCAAUGGAUAAAAGGAGCAUAAUGCUUUCUCUC